UGAAGUUCCAGGCUAUCCCUUACACUGGCUAUCAGGGCUCUCUGCAACCUUAUUUUCUCAACCCCCAAAUUCAAGACCUCAAACAGAGAACCUGGGAAGAGUAACUAUUUAAUGGAUUUGGGGAAAGAAUCAGCCAACUAGGGGCUUCAACUGGGAGCUGUCCAGAGAGCGGGUGUGGGAAGCUGGCAUAUCUCCAGUAGGAGUAGAAAGCCGGGGGAAGGCGUGUCAAACUGGCCGCGGCUUCCGGAGCAGAACUCUGGACAGAAAUAGCUGUCGGACAGGUUGGUUUUGAGGACUCUGCUGGAGCAUUGCUGCGUUGGCCCAAAUUUGACUUUAGGCGGGAACCGCGGCUGGUGCGGAGUUCCUCCGAGAGGCGAGAGCUUUAAGGUUGCACCAAGGGAGGGGACUCAGGACACCGGGGACCUGCUCCGACCUGGCGUGCAUUGUCAACGAGGCAGAAGACCGCGGUCCGGGAGCGGCGGGAGACUGAUGAUCCUACAGGAACUGAGCGCAGGAUAGACCGGACGAGCGCCCCUCGGAGAUCACGUAGAAUCCAGUGAGCUGUAGCGCGGCAGGAGGAAGCAGGAGAAUCCCAGAAUCACAGAUUGGACUUCCUGGAACUUAGGCUAUGGAUAAAUUGGGACAGAUCAUCAAGUUAGGCCAGCUCAUCUAUGAACAGUGUGAAAAGAUGAAAUACUGCCGGAAACAAUGCCAGCGUCUAGGAAACCGUGUGCACGGCCUGCUACAGCCUCUCCAGAGACUCCAGGCCCAAGGAAAGAAGAACCUGCCCGAUGACAUUACUGCUGCCCUGGGCCGUUUUGAUGAAGUCCUGAAGGAGGCUAACCAGCAGAUAGAAAAGUUCAGCAAGAAGUCCCAUAUUUGGAAGUUUGUGAGUGUGGGCAAUGAUAAGAUCCUCUUCCAUGAAGUGAAUGAGAAGCUGAGAGACGUCUGGGAGGAGCUGUUGCUGCUGCUUCAGGUUUAUCAUUGGAAUACCGUUUCAGAUGUCAGCCAGCCAGCAUCCUGGCAGCAGGAAGAUCGACAGGAUGCAGAGGAAGACGGAAAUGAAAAUAUGAAAGUUAUCCUGAUGCAGUUGCAAAUUAGCGUGGAAGAAAUCAACAAAACCCUGAAGCAAUGCUCACUAAAACCCACACAGGAGAUCCCACAAGAUCUCCAAAUCAAGGAGAUUCCAAAGGAACAUCUUGGACCUCCGUGGACCAAACUGAAGACAAGUAAAAUGAGCACCAUUUAUAGAGGAGAGUAUCACAGAUCUCCAGUUACCAUCAAAGUAUUCAACAACCCCCAGGCCGAAAGUGUUGGGCUACACCAUUCGGAAACACUCCACAGAAACAUCAGCAGCUCCAGUUUCCUCGUAGCCGGAGGCUACCAAGUAAAGCUUGCAGGAUUUGAGUUAAGCAAAACACAGAAUUCCAUCAGCCGGACAGCAAAGAGCACUAAAGCAGAGAGAUCCAGUUCAACGAUAUAUGUCUCCCCUGAGAGACUGAAAAAUCCAUUUUGCCUUUAUGACAUAAAAGCUGAAAUAUAUAGCUUUGGAAUUGUACUCUGGGAAAUUGCCACUGGAAAGAUCCCAUUUGAAGGCUGUGAUUCUAAGAAGAUCCGGGAGCUGGUGGCUGAGGACAAGAAGCAGGAACCAGUGGGUCAGGAUUGCCCUGAGUUGUUGCGGGAAAUCAUUAAUGAGUGUCGUGCCCAUGAGCCCUCCCAACGGCCCUCUGUGGACGGUAGGAGUCUUUCUGGCAGAGAACGAAUCUUGGAGAGACUGUCUGCGGUUGAAGAAUCCACGGACAAGAAGGUGUAAGAGGACAAAGUGGACAUUUGUCCUUCAUAUCUGUUAGCAGCAUCAACUUAUUGCUGGGAGCAAAUAGCUUCUUUCUCCCUUGCUUGCUUGCUUUUUUUCUUUCUUUUACUUGAGAUGGGAUCUCACCAUGUAGCCCCUGAAAACUGUGUAGAACAGGCUGGCUCAAACUCAAGGAAAUCUUCCAGUUCUGCCUCCUGAAUGCUGGAAUUAAAGGCAUAGACCACCAAACUUGUCAAAGUUCUUAUUAGUUACAAAUAGAAAACAAUUCCAUGGGGACUGGAGAGAUGGCUCAGCACUUAAAAGCACUGACUGCUCUUCUGAAAGUCCAGAGAUCAUCUCCCAGCAACCACAUGGUGGUUCACAACCAUCCUGAAGGAGAUCUGACGCCCUCUUCUGGUGUAUCUGAAGACAGCUACAGUGUACUUACAUAUAACAAACAAACAAACAAACAAAUAAAUGUUUUAAAACAAACAAACAAACAAACAAACAAUUCCAUGGGACUGGAGAGAUGGCUCAGAAGUUAAGAACACUGGCUGUUCUUCCAGAGGACCUGGGUUCAAUUCCCAGCAGCUCACAACCAUCUGUAACUCUUGUUCCAGGGAACUCAACACUUGUAUACAGACAUUACAUGCAGGCAAAAUGCCAAUGUACAUAAAAUAAAAAUAAAUAAAUUGCUCCCCCCAAGUUUUUUUUUAAACUAAAUAAUUUCAUCCCAGUGUGGCAGUGCACACUUUUGAUCCUAGCACUUGGGAGACAGAAGCAGGUGGAUUUCUGUUUG